UGUCGUGAUAUUGACAUUGAUCGUUUGCCGGGAAUUUGGCGUCUGCAGAAAUUUUUGUUUAUAAAUUUCUGUAACAAACACCCAAGAAGCUCAAAAUGGAUGUCGAAUUACCUUACAUGGCAGAAUAUGCCAAAAGUGGUAGAGCCUCUUGCAAGGGAUGCAAAUCGCCGAUUCCAAAAGAUUCUGUACGUCUGGCUAUAAUGGUGCAGUCUCCUUUUCAUGAUGGAAAAGUGGCACAGUGGUAUCACAAAGACUGUUUUUUCAAGAAGCAACGGCCAGCCUCUGUGGGGGACAUUAAAAACUAUGAAAACUUGAGAUUUGCUGACCAAACUGAAAUUGAAAAACUUGUCGGAACCGGUUCACAAACCGUGGAGAGCAAGUCGGGAAAAAAGCGCUCAAAGGAGGAACAGCAAGCAAUUAAGGAUUUUGGAAUUGAAUACGCCAAAUCUGGGCGGGCAGCAUGCCGCGGAUGUGAACUAAAAAUAAGCAAAGAUGAAGUUCGGGUAUCUAAAACCGUGUUUGACACUGAAGUGGGAAUGAAAUACGGCGGUCAGAAAUUGUGGCAUCAUUUGGAGUGCUUCGCUAGAUUGCGAUCGGACGUUGGUUGGUUUGACACUGGCGAAAACCUGCCGGGAUUUAAGCAGCUAAAAGCCGAGGAAAAAGCAGAAGUUAAAAAGCUUCUACCUGCAAUUAAGUCAGAGGACACACCAGAUGCCAAAAAACCGAAGCUGGAGAUAGAAGAUGAGUCCCAGAAAAAGGAGCAGACAAAAAAACUAAAGCAGCAAAACGAUAUCUUAUUUAAAUUUCGUGAUGAAUUAAAAACAGAAAUGAAGAAACCAGAUAUUGAAAAACUAUUGGAGUAUAACAAACAAGACCCUAUUGUUGGGGAUUCUGAAAAACUUUUGGAUCAAGCGGCAGAUUUAUUGACAUUUGGCGCAAUCGAAUUUUGUCCAGAAUGCAAGAGUCAUCAGUUCACUUUUAAUAAAUUUGGUUACUCCUGUAAUGGUAACAUAUCGGAAUGGACUAAAUGCACAAAGGUAUUAACAGAACCUAAACGUACUGCUUGCAAGAUUCCAAGUGAACUUAAAACUUCUUAUAAGUUUUUAAGUAAAUACAAAAAGAAACCAGAAAUGCGAAUCAUUCAGUAUUUACCACCAAGUGCGUCUACUAUAGCUAAAGACAUUGCAAUCAAGAAAAAUCCCGAAGAACUUGAUGGUCCCAAAAUAAAGCGUGAACGGCCACCACUAUACAACUUUAAAUUUUCAACAAUUGGCAUGAAAGAUAAUGAGUCGGAAUUAAAGAAACGUAUUGGAAAAUUGGGCGGUAAAUGCGAUUCUAAAAUAACUGAUGAUGUUAUUGCUAUAAUAUCUACUGAAAAAGAAGUUGAGAAGCUAUCAUCUCGCAUGAAAAAAGCGAAAGAGCUUGGCAUACAUAUUGUUCCAAUGAAAUACCUUGACUGUGUUGAAAACGAUGGCUCUGGUGCCAUCAACUUUAUAAAUAGUAUGACCCUGUGCGAUUGGGGUACAGAUCCGUCAGCCCGACUACCUCAAGAAGAAGUAAAGAGCUCAAAAUCCAAGAGUAUUUACACUAAAUCGGUGCCAAAGUCAGUGACACUUAAAGUAAAAAAUGGACUGGCUGUUGAUCCAGAUAGUGGACUAGAGGAUAUCGCUCAUGUAUAUGUUAAAGGCGAUAAUAAAUACAACAUUGUGCUGGGCUUGACAGACAUACAGCGCAAUAAAAAUUCAUAUUAUAAGCUUCAGCUUUUGGAGGCCGAUAACAAAAAUAAGUAUUGGAUAUUUCGUUCUUGGGGUCGUAUUGGCACAACAAUCGGAAAUUCAAAGGUAGAAGAUUUUCACACAGUACUCGCAGCAGUACAAAGUUUUCAUGAAGUAUAUGCAGAUAAAACUGGAAAUUCAUUUGAAAACAGAAACAAUUUUGUUAAACAUCCUGGUCGUAUGUAUCCGAUCGACAUUGAAUAUGAAGAUGAUAAAAAAGUCGAAAAUGUCAGCAGCUCACAAAUUGAUUCUAAACUAGAAGCUUCCGUUCAGAACCUAAUAAAACUUAUAUUUGAUGUUGAUUCUAUGAAGAAAACAAUGCUAGAAUUUCACAUCGAUAUGGAGAAAAUGCCCUUGGGCAAAUUGAGCCUGAAGCAACUCCAGUCGGCAUAUAUUGUUAUAAACGAAAUCUAUGAAUUGAUUCAAGAACGCGCCUCUAACACUCGAUUCAUUGAUGCUAGUAAUAGAUUUUAUACGUUGAUCCCACACAAUUUUGGAGUCAAUGCACCACCUUUAAUUGAGUCAAUUGAGCAAGUUGAAAAUUUGCGGCAAAUGUUGGAUUCACUAUCGGAAAUUGAAGUUGCUUACAAUAUAAUAAAGAACGAAGAUAAUAAUAAUGUUGAUGGCAUCAAUCCGCUGGACAAACAUUAUGAGCAAUUGAAAACACAAUUGGAACCACUAGACAAAACUAGCGACGAAUUUGCACUUCUAAACAAGUAUGUUCAAAAUACACACGCAUCUACGCAUAGUUCAUAUGAACUGGAAGUUAUCGACAUAUUCAAGGUAGCUCGUCAAGGUGAGGCUCGUCGCUUUAAGCCAUUUAAGAAGCUACACAACCGAAAGUUGCUAUGGCACGGUUCACGACUUACAAACUUUGUGGGCAUAUUGUCACAUGGUCUAAAAAUUGCACCACCAGAAGCACCACCUACUGGCUACAUGUUCGGCAAGGGAAUAUAUUUUGCAGAUAUGGUAUCUAAAUCGGCAAACUAUUGUUGUACCAGCCAGCAAAAUUCUACAGGACUUAUGCUUCUCUCUGAAGUGGCAUUGGGCGACAUGAUGGAGUGUACUGCAGCUAAAUAUGUUACACAGUUACCGAAGAAUAAACAUAGCUGUUAUGGCCGUGGACGCACUAUGCCAGAUCCGAAGGAGUCCAUCAUUCGAGAUGAUGGUGUUGAAGUUCCUCUUGGAAAGCCUGUCACUGAUGAUAAAUUGAAGUCAUCGUUGUUGUAUAAUGAGUUUAUUGUAUACGAUAUAGCACAAGUUAACGUUCAAUAUUUGUUCCGUCUGGAAUUUAAGUACAAGUACUAAUAAUGCUUUUUUAAACAAAAGCUAAUUCUAAAUACUUUCCAUUUUAUUUACACUUCAGAAUCCAAGUUAAAUGUUUUAAAUCUGCUACGACUGGAAUUCAUGUUAAAAAAUGAUUAAUAAAAGCUGCUUUUUAAAAACAAUAAAA